UCGGAUUUGUUUCCGCGAUGUUUGACGAUUCCUCUUUUUUCCAGUUCAAAGCAAAUUGAAUUUCUUCAGAAUUUGUCUUAACGCUCUGGUUUUCCAACUGGUAUCUACGGUUGGAGAUGGAAACAGGCGGCAAUACGGAGAACUUGAUAGCUUACGCGGCCAAGCGCGCAGGAGUGGCGGAAUCUGUUCUUUGCUUAACGAUCAGCUUGUUAGCAGGUUUACCGCUAGCGUUUGUUUACAGAGCCAUUUGUUAUCGGGGGAACCCAACCGCUCAGCACCUCUUUAUCACUGGAUGUGGGCUUCUAUUGGCUUACUGUUGUUUUGGUUGUUCUUGCUUUCACUCUGUAGUGAACAUCCUUUCGGCCUACCUGUUACUACGUCUCGGUGGACCUAAAACUGUGACAGUCAUUGUGAUGUUUAUGCUAAAUGUGGGUUAUCUUGUCACUGGAUGCGUUUCCAAGUCUUAUUCUCACGAUUAUUCUGUAUCGUGGACGACAGCUCACUGUGUGUUGUGUCUUCGUCUCACUGGUUUGGCUUGGGAUUAUUACGACGGACAUCAAGACCAGGAGAAGCUGUCUGAAGAUUUCAAAAGAACUGCCAUAUAUGGCUGCCCAUCACUUUUACAGAUAGCCAGCUAUUGCUACUUCUUCGGAGGGUUUCUUGUUGGACCUCAGUUUCCAAUAAAGAAAUACUUGGAACUAAUCGAGGGACGUCUAAUUGACAAGAAAGACGACAUCGCAACUUCUCGGAAUUUAGCUGGCCUUAAGCGUUUCACCAUUGGGUUAAUGUACCUGGCAACAUUUACUUUGCUGCAGCCAAAAGUUAAAGGGAGCUUCUUAGCAACUGCUGAAUACGAUCAAAAAUCGUUCUUCUAUAAGCUUUGCUAUGCCAUUGCGACUACAAAAGUCAAUGUCAUGAAAUACCAAGCAGUUUGGUUAAUAGCGGAAGGUUCCUGUAUCAUAACAGGUUUGGGUUAUAAUGGUCGGUCAACGGAUGGCCGAGUCAGAUGGGAUGGCUGUAGUAAUGUUCAUCUUCUUCUGUUUGAAUGUGCUUACACAUUUCAGCAUGUAAUCGACGCAUUUAAUUUGAAAACGAACCAAUGGAUGUUUAGGUAUCUGUACAAAAGACUACGUUUCCUGGGCAAUAAACUUCUGUCGCACUUCUUAACACUCGCAUUCGUGGCUCUGUGGCACGGAAUUGAACCCGGAUUCUUCCUGUGCUUCAUGGGAGAAUUCGCCGUCAUUGUAAUGGAACAACAGCUUUUAGGUUUUUGUCGUCGUGUAAUCCGGACACCAUUUGAAGAUUUCUCGCCGUUAUUUAAGAUACCCAUCAUCCUCAUGGGUGUUUGUUUGCGUCUAUCGGGGGUUGCUUUCUUCUUGGUUCCGUUUUUACUGCGGAGACUGGACUUAUCUCACAAGGCAUGGCUCUCACUGUAUUACAUAGGCCCAGUUGUGUUAGGAAUUUGGUUUGUUCUUUAUCCAUUCGCACUCAAGCCUUUGGCAAGAGUGCCAAAGAUUAAAAGUAAAGAUCCUAAUGAAAACAAAUUAAGGCAAUCAGCGAAAAAAGACUGAAGGAGAGUUCAGCUGUGGAUCUUCAUUCCUUUACAAAUAAAUUGUGGAAAUAUUUUAACCAGUCGAAUAUCCCAUAUUAUGUAAUUUUCAAACAGUAUUGCCUUUGGCAGGAUUCAACGAAGCUCUAACUGAGCGAAAUUUCAAUGAGUAACACUUCAUCUGCCUAAAGAAGAGCAAAUAAUGCAGACAAUUAUUUUUCAAUAUUUAUCCAUACAAUUAUGCGUUGUUAACUGUUCAAGAAAUAAAAUUUCAAGUCGACUAGUUUGCGAUG